AUGGGGCUGUUGAAGCGUCUUGUCUUCCUGGCGGCGCUGUUAUGCAAUGGUGUCGCCGCGCAGAGCUUUGCCUCAGUGCUCACAGAAGCACCCCAAUGUGCUGCCGAUUGCUUGGUUAUGCUGUUCAGCCAGAAACCGUUUGCGGGAAAGGAUCAAAACGCGAUUUGCCACGACCAACAAUUCGCCGAUGCUAUUGGAAAUUGUCUGACGGCGAAAUGUGAGGUACGGCAGACAUUGGAUUUCAUCAAAUUGUCAUCAUCAGUAUGCGGAAUUAAACCGACCAACAAUAUCCUCCUGUAUCGAACGUCAACCCUCACCAUGUUCGGUUUGGCCAUGAUUUUCUUCGCCUUGCGAAUAACAGCCACGAUCAAGUUACGUCUUGGAUGGGCUUUGGAUGAUGCGAUGGCGAUCGCUUCGGUUAUCUUUAUGAUACCAGUUGUUGUCAUUAUGCAAUUCAUGAUGGAAAACGGACUGGGUGUUGAUCUAUGGUACCUCUCAGAUUAUCAGAUCACUCAGGGAUUCAGGCUCUUCUUCUUCCUCGAACUUCUCUACCUAGCCGCACGUAUGCUCGUGAAAUCCACGAUAUUAUGCUUCUUUCUACGAAUUUUCAGCAACCCUAAAUUCCGCCUCCUGGUCAAGAUUACAAUAGUGUUCAACGUUCUUAUCGGUGUCGCAUUCUUCAUCUUCGCCUUCUUCCAGACGACACCAAUAAGCUUCUUCUGGGUCGGAUGGCAAACCAAGGAAGCAGACAGAGUCAUGAUGGGAAUUAUACGGCUGACGCUGCCACAUGCGGCACUUGUUCUUAUGCUGGAUGUCUGGGUGCUCAUAUUGCCGCUCAGCCAGCUUUGGGAGUUGGGACUGAAGCUAAGAAAGAAGAUUGGUGUCAUGGCCAUGUUCAGUUUUGGUAUCUUCCUUACAAUCGUUGCUGCGAUUCGAGUACACGAAGUAGUGCUCUUUGCAAAAUCACAAGACUUGACAGUCAUAAACGCACAAAAAGCCAUGAUAUGGUCCUGCAUCGAGAUAUGUGUGGGAAACAUGGUAUCAUGCAUGCCUCACAUCCGCAAUUUAGUACGACACAUCAAAUCACAAGUACGCGAAAAGAUAGGGAAGGAAAAUGGACCUACCAACGAAGCAAUAUUUAUCGAAAGAUCACUCGCACAAAUAUCAGUGGGUGAUGCGACGUCAGAACCAGGGUUGUUUGACGCAGGGGGGUUAUUGAAGGAAGAUGCUGCGACGAGAACAGCAACAACCGAUACCACUACAACUACAACAACUACGACGAUAGGUGUUGGAAAGAUGGAGAGUACAAAUGGGAGACCAAGUAGUUAUGCAAGCGAUGCAGAUACAAAAGUUUAA